AUGGCCGAUUGCAGAAUGUUUGUCAAAAAUAAAAACUAUUUGAACCACAGUUCUGUUAAUAGACUUAUAUUAUUUACAUACACAAUGGCUAUGUUGUUUGCACCACAUUGUUGUGUACUGGAAACGGAAUCAAGAAAUACCAGUUGUGAAAAUGAACUGACAUGCAUCAGAUGUACAAUGAAAGCUCAGUGUUCAUGGAUCCUAAGUCAACAGAGAUGUGUAGAACACCCUAAUUUACCAUGUUCGUGGUUUAUAGUCAACAGUAAAGAGGAAUGUCCACGGUUUUCAGUAGUAACUCAUUAUGACGAUAAUGAUAAAAUCAAAAGUUUGAAAUACACUGUUAAAGUAUCAAAUGAUUCAGUAGAUUUCAUGAAUUUUCGAAACGAAAGUAAUUUUAUUUGCGAUUCAUUAAAAAUAGAUAAGAGUGAGAUAAAAAUCGAUGGAAUGAUGGUAUGUUCAACUAGAAUUAAAUUAAAUUACUUCGCUGAGUACAUUAGUCAGUUGUUAGCUGCAUUCUUAUUUUAUGUUAAGUUUAAUGGCAUCACUCUGCAGUUGGACAACUUCGCCGAACCCUAUGACAGGGUUUAUGAACAUAAUUGUGUCGAUGACAAGAAUAACGAAAACUGUGGGACUUGCACGUGGAAUGAUGAUGACUUCACACGCUGCGUUAAAUUGUGUUCGUACAAAGACUCCUGUGAGGGUCACAAUGAAUUGUAUAUAUCGCAUGUCGGCGGUGUUAAAAAAUUUUGGAAUUUUACUUCACAAGAAGUCAAUGAUAGAUGUGCCGAAAUAAAAGUGACAGACGUCCAUCCGCUAUCUGGGACGAUGGCCGGUGGCACGACUAUAAUGAUCACCGUCAAGAACCACAGGACAUUUGCGAAUAACCGAAAUGUAACUGUGACAGUGGCAGGAACGGUAUGUGCGAACAGUGUGUCUACAAAAAAGACGAUUACUUGCAUCACAACACCGCCAUCCGACGACACGUAUGAACCACCAUCCGGCCCGGUCUUGGUCACGUACACGUCAAAUAAUGGCCACGUGUUUAAUAUCGAGUCAUCACAGACAUUCCAGUUUUACGUCGGUACUACGUGUGGCGCACCACGUCCAGUGCUUGGCUUGAAGCAAGAACUAUAUGGCAUAGGGUCCGGAGGCACAACAGUAACAUUAAAGGGCCUUCGGUUCAACAAACCUUGCGAUGCGUUCCCCGCCCGAAUGUUUGUAAAGCUGCCAAACGGCACCAUGCAGUUCGCGUCCAGUAAUUGUGAUAAACCUGUUGACGACACACACAUAGAUUGUCGAGCGCCGCAGUUGAACAGUUCCAAUGGUUGGGACAUAAACACACCUAACUUCACUCGGGUGCUGAACUUCGGACUAGAAGUGAUGAACAUCGUCAAUAAUCAGUCACUGUAUGUGAAUGGUCCGUUGAUCAGUUAUUACCACGUAUUGGAUAACAAUCCAGUGCUAGAGAAUUUUGAAAUAGAAUUAGGUGGUUCAGUGGUCGUCUACGGUAACCACUUGCGGUACAUACAUCCUGCAGACGUCCUGAUACGAUUCCAAGAUGCACUGGUUAAGGAUUGCAAAAUCACCUCUGCUACAAAACGUAGUUUUGUAUGCAUGCCAAACACGUCCGUCGUCGUUUCGAAAGAGAUGUUUGUCAAGAUUGGCGGUUUACUUACGUACAACGUUACCAAACGACCCUACGCUUUUUCCAAAAUUAUCUGGUAUUAUAUGGUGCCUUGGCUGGUAGUGGUUGUUCUAGCCUUGGCUUGUUUUUAUCAAAUUAACAAUCGGUAUAAAAUGCAUAGAACAGUACAUGACCCACCUGUGAAUUUGAAAGACCUGGACACACAGACAGCGCUAUUAUAA